AUGCUCUCGAGCGCCAUUCUCGCCAUCACCGCCCUUGCUGGCAGCGCAGCCGCACAUUACAAGCUCUUGGAGCCAACAUGGCGUGGUGAUUCCUUCGAGGAGCCUGCCAGCCAGUGGAUCUUUCCUUGCGGCAACGUCAACGAAACCACCGAUAUUGCCAACCGUACCGCCUGGCCUCUUACCGGUGGCUCUGUCUCAAUCAACGGCAGCCACAGCUCCGCUCUCACGUACGUAAACCUCGGACUCGGCACCAACGUUACCAACUUCAACAUCUCGCUUGUCGAAAACCUGAACCAAACUGGCGCCGGUGUAUUUUGUCUCAAGGAAGCGGGCCGAGCAAACCUCGAAGAGGGAUUAAAGGCUGCUGGAUACAGUGGCUUUCAGGACGAGAGACUGAAUGGACUCAAGGCCAGUGUUCAGGUCAUCCAGCUGGGUCACUCGGGUAGUGCUCUGUAUAAUUGUGCGGAUAUCGUCUUCAACUCGACUGCCCAGCUCCUUGCUGACGACCAGUGCGUCAACGGAACAGGCGUCAGUGCUCAGGAAAUCGGAAAUCUCGAAGAGCACGCAACGAACACUAGCUCUGGAGCUACACCGUCUGCGAGCAAAGGCGCUGCGAGCAUGCUGAAGCCAAUGGUUGGCAGCAGCUUGAUUGCUGGUCUGCUGGCCUGGAGUCUGUUGUAA